AUGACGAUCAAUAUUAAUAUAAAGACAUCAGUUGGUGACAAGUUUGCUGUUGAUGUCGACACUAGUAUUCUCGUAUCAGAGUUUAAAGGUUUAUUGGCUACUAAAUCAGGUAUCCCAGCUGAACAACAAAGAAUUAUAUAUUCUGGUCAUGUAUUAAAAGAUCAUCAAAAGUUAUCAGAAUAUAAUGUUCAAGAAGGACAUACUGUACAUUUAGUAAAAGGAGCAGCUCCACCAACUCCACCACCACCAACAGAGCAAGCACCAAAUGCCAAUACUCAACCAGCACCAAUGCAAAUACCUGGUAUGCCAUCAAACAUGGGUCAAAUGCUCCAGAAUCCAAUGAUGCAAGAGAUUCUAAACUCUCCAAUGUUUCAAAACAUAUUUGACAAUCCCGAUACCUUUAAGGAAAUGAUUUUAAAUAAUCCCGAAAUGAGAGAAGUUAUGAAUAGAAAUCCUGAAAUGGCUCAAGUUUUAAAUGAUCCAAGAGCACUUAGACAAUCAUUUGAAAUGAUGCGUAAUCCAGAAUUGAUGCGUGAAAUGAUGCGUAAUGCUGAUAGAGCUAUGAUUAACAUUGAAAAUCACCCAGAAGGUUUUAAUCUCCUUCGUAGAAUGUAUACAAAUGUACAAGAACCAUUAUAUAAUGCAGCAAAUCAAGCAGCAGCCAAUCAACAAAACAACAAUCCAUUUUCAUCUUUAUUCAACAAUAAUACCAACAAUGCAAAUUCUGAUCAACCAUUACCAAAUCCAUGGGCACCACAACCAACCCCAACUACAACCGGUGCUACUGGAACUGGUGCAUCAUCCAACAAUACUACUACUAGUGGCGGCAACACAACUACUAGUCCAAACAGUAACGCAUCAAAUCCAUUUGCCAGUAUGUUUGGUGGUAUGGGAGGAAUGGGAGGAAUGGGGGGAAUGGGAGGAAUGGGCGGUGGCAGCAAUCCAUUUGGAUUGUCACCAGAACAAAUGUCUCAAAUGUUAUCAUCACCAGAGGUUCAAGGCAUGAUGCAACAAUUAAUGUCAAAUCCACAAUUUAUGGAACAAACAAUCAACUCUAAUCCACAACUCCGUCAAAUGGUUGAUCAGAAUCCACAAAUGAGAGAGGCACUUUCACGUCCUGAAAGUUUGGAAAUGUUUAGAAACCCUCAAAACCUUCAAGCACUUCUUCAACUUCAGCAAUCUUUAUCUACUCUUCAAAAUAAUGGAAUGUUUGGUGGAGCAUCAGGAAUGCCACCAGCAGGAAUGCCAGCAGGAAUGGAAAAUAUGUUUAGUGGUAUGGGAGGAAUGGGAGGAAUGGGCAAUUUUGCCAAUAUGUUUGGUGGAACGGGUGGAGCUACUGGUCAAAGACCAGGCACAACUUCUCCUACACAAGCCGCUGCCAAUCAAGAACCACCCGAACAAAGAUUCACUGUUCAAUUACAACAACUCAGAGAUAUGGGAUUCCUCGAUCCAGCCGAAAAUAUUCAAGCUCUUUUACAAACUGGUGGAAAUGUAAAUGCUGCUAUUGAAAGAUUACUUCGUUAA